GUCAUUUUUCUUUUUUGGUGUGUGUGAAUAAGCCAAGAAAGAGAUUGCCAAAAUGCUGCCAACAAGAGCAUAAGAAGGAUAUGUUUAAAACUGAAACAAAACGUGAACGGCGGGGCCGGUGCUGGUGCUGGUGCUGGUGCUGGCAAAUCAUGGAUUGCGGCGUGAUUCAACAAAACUCAGCCCCAGCUUAUACGCCGAUCAAUUGACUCAAUCAACUCAAUCUAGAUUCUAGACUGCGUCAAGCCCGCAGUUGCUUCCACCAUUCCAUUUGUUCUUACUCACCAAUAUUCUGGACCCAGUCAAGCUUACUUUAUAAGACUCAUCUGCAAUUUCCCGGAAUGCAAGCCCUUCUUUAGUCUUUCCUUAUCUUUCCCAUUUCAACAAUCUUCUUCGACAUCAAGCUCAUGGCAUCCAGUUUACAACUUCACUUCGUGCUCGUUCCAUUGCUGGCCCAAGGCCAUAUGAUCCCAAUGAUAGACAUGGCCAAGUUAUUGGCUCAGCAUGGCGUUAUUACAAGCUUAGUUACCACCCCGAACAAUACUUCCCGGUUCACGAAAUCUAUCCAUCGGGCCCGAGCAGCGGGAUUGCAGAUCCGCCUGAUAGAAAUCCCAUUUCCCUGCCAAGAAGUUGGGCUGCCGCCAGGCUGCGAAAAUCUUGACAGUGUCCCUUCCAGGGACCUUAUUAGAAGAUUCUAUACUGCCCUUGAUAUGCUCCAGGAGCCCCUGGAGCAAUACUUACAGGAGCAUGGUCCCCCGCCUAGCUGCAUAAUUUCUGAUAAAUGUCUCUCCUGGACAUCUAAGAUGGCGAGGAAAUUUAAAGUCCCAAGAUUGGUUUUUCACGGGAUGGGCUGUUUUUCGCUGCUGAGUUCGCACAAUGUGAAGCUUUACAGGCCUCAUCUUUCUGUCAAAUCUGAUUCAGAGCCGUUUCUCAUCCCUGGGUUGCCUGUCAGCGUCCAAAUAACGAAAGCUCAGCUUCCGGGAUCGUUUGUGGCUUUGCCGGACCUGGAUGAUAUUCGGGACCAAAUGCAAGAGGCUGAAACAAAUGCCUAUGGGGUUGUGGUAAAUACGUUUACUGAACUGGAGGCUGGCUGCGUGGAAGAAUACAGAAGCGCCAUUGACAAGAAGGUUUUCUGCAUAGGGCCGGUUUCUCUAUGUAACAGGGAAGUAUUGGACAAAUUUGAGAGAGGGAAUCGAGCUUCCAUUGACGAACGAAAGUGCUUAGAGUGGCUUGAUUCAAAGAAACCCAAGUCUGUUCUUUAUGCCUGCCUUGGCAGCCAGUGCCGGCUAGUUCCUGAACAAUUAAUAGAACUUGGGCUUGGCCUGGAAGCAUCAAAACAACCAUUUAUUUGGGUCAUAAAGACGGGAAAUAGGUUUGAAGAGAUGGAGAAAUGGUUGGUGGAGGAAAGAUUUGAGGAGAGAAUCCACGGAAGGGGCCUCUUGAUCAAGGGCUGGGCACCACAAGUACUGAUAUUGUCCCAUCCAGCAAUUAGUGGUUUCUUAACACAUUGCGGCUGGAAUUCCACGAUAGAAGGGGUUUGCUCCGGGGUGCCUAUGAUAACUUGGCCCAUGUUCGCUGAACAGUUCUUGAACGAGAAAUUGAUUGUGGAGAUACUAAGGAUUGGGGUGCGAGUUGGGGUGGAACUCCCCGUCAGAUGGGGAGAAGAAGAGAAAGUUGGAGUGCUUGUGAUGAAAGAACAAGUUGGAAAUGCUAUAGGAAUGCUGAUGGGUGGAGGUGAAGAAGGUGAAAAGAGAAGAAUUAGGGCUCAAGAUCUUAGGUCAGUAGCAAUGAGUAAGAUGGAGAACAGUGGAUCUGCUCAUCGUAACAUAUCCGUUCUGAUUCAGGACAUUAUGGAACAAGCAUUAAUUCUUGGAUAGAGAUAAACUGUACAACUCAAGAGUGUCUUUUUCUCGACCAGGUGCUUUCAGCUAUCUAUAUAUGUACUUCGCUAUCAAAUUAGAAUAGCCUUAAUAUGGAAAUACUUGGUCUUUAUCUGA